GAAAAGCAUGAGAAGAUGCCUGCUAUUCUAGUUGCCUCCAAGAUGAAGUCAGGAUCGCCUAAACCCGUGCACGGUACUGCUCUGCCAAUUCCAGUCAGGGUAGCGACACACCAGAACGGACCCCUAAAGCAUUCCAGCCUCAUUCCUCUAAAGUCCACCGUCUAUAGACAGCACAGUCAAGGCAGUGCAACUUUACAGAAAAAGAAUCAGACAACCAAAGGAACAUCAGGAGAUCCUCAGAUUUACACAGACUGGGCCAACCACUACCUAGCCAAGUCCGGACACAAGCGACUGAUUAAAGACCUUCAACAGGAUGUUACCGAUGGCGUUUUGUUGGCAGAAAUAAUUCAGGUUGUAGCUAAUGAGAAGAUUGGUGAUAUCAAUGGAUUUCCUCAGAGCCAAUCACAAAUGAUUGAAAACAUUGAUGCUUGCCUGGGAUUUCUAGCUGCUAAAGGAGUGAAUAUAAAGGGACUUUGUGCUGAAGAGAUCCGCAGUGGCAAUCUCAAAGCCAUUUUAGGCCUGUUCUUCAGCUUGUCUCGCUACAAGCAGCAGCAACAGACUUGUAAACAGACAUCCAGCAAUGCUCAAAUUCUCCAGAACAACCAGGCCCACCGAUGCGCCAGUCCCGCCCUGCCUUCUCACGCCUCUCCUGGUCACUCUCCUCACGACUCUCCCUGUCCCUCUCCCAUCAACCAAAACUGCCAGAUCUCCUCCACAUGUGUGCAGAAACCACAGACAGACCUGCACUCCAGACUUCCAAGCCCCUCGGUGAGGACGGCUGGAGCGGGCGGAGAGUGUAAACCUCGAACCUGCAACCCUAGCAGACGCAGCCAGAGCUUCAAUCAGUGUGACCGAAUGAAACCUUCAAUCUCUGCGUGUCCUCAGGAAAGAGAGAAAACAACUCCAUCACCCAUAAUGCUUGAAAAUGGACCAGUCAGCUCUUCGAUUCCUCCGCCCAGCGGCAGUGCCGCCACAUCUAAACCCUGGAGAAGCAAGUCGCUCAGCGCUAAACACACUGCCACAUCCUCCAUGGUCGCAGUUAAACACCCAUCUCCACCUUCUCUCGAGGUUCCUCCUAAAGUGAUCGCCCAGAAGUCCAUGCUGGAAAAGCUCAAGCUCUUCAACAGCAAAACAGUUUCCCGAGCCCCAAAAGCAGAAUGCCUGGAUGCUGCAGAACCAGAGGAAGGUCAGGUACACAAUGAGAUCAACCCUGGAAACCAGCGACCGGUCACUCCCAGCGGCUCUAGGUGCUCCAGUCCCAAGCUGGCCUUGAAAGGCAUUGCACAACUGACACUUGGCAGGGCCUUGGCACCCAAAAUAGCAUUCGAAAAAGUCAGGUCGAAACCUAAAGAGAAAAACACACAACUGCCUGUCGCAGAAUCGGACAACCUUAAACCUGUUGCGCCCGAGUCGAAAAAGUCCAUUCCUAAAGGAAACAAAGGCACCAACAUUGCCAAAAAAGACCGUUCAAAAGCAGCUGUUAGUGGCAUACCCAAACCAAGCCAGGGUGGCAGGGCUGCAGCAGCAAAUAAGACUUUAAUGUCGCCCCCUUGUGGCCUGGAUGUCGAACGGCCACGGCAUGGAAAGUUUGGUUUGUCUGUGCAUAAAGAACAAAAGGACAUUAAAAGCGCCGACUCUACUUCUAGCUUGGUGGUGUCAGACAAGGAAAGUAGCCACGAUGUUGCUAAAGGUGCUCAGACCCACUCAAUAGCCAGCAAUACAGUCAGCGUGCAGCUUCCACAGCAACAAUACAACCACCCAAACACAGCUACUGUCGCUCCCUUUAUGUACAGGUCUCAAACAGAAAUCAAUAAAAGCGGGAUGAUGGCGGGAACAGAGGAACGAAGAGACGAAAUAAGCUUGCGGAGCAAAUCCAUUCAUACUUCUCUUGAGAACCUCACAGGUGAGGACUCCGAGACCAAGAGACAACGUACUGUAAAAAACAUUGCAGAUCUCCGGCAAAAUCUAGAAGAAACCAUGUCCAGCCUGCGAGGGACACAUCAUAUGAGUCACAGCACCCUGGAGACGACAUUUGACAGCACCGUAACCACAGAGAUUAAUGGCCGGGCCUUGCAUUCACUUAGUCCCCGCCCUGCCUCUGCAUUGCCAUGGCGACUGGGCUCUUCCAGUCCUCGUUUACAAGCCGGCGAUGCCCCAUCAUCAGGGAACGGGUACGCACACCAUGGCUAUGGGCGCCACGUGCGCAGUUAUCAGACCUGCGUGCACAACAGAUCCCUGAAUGGCCUUGAGCACUCAGACAAUGUGGAGGAGCUGGAGGGGGUUGCCAUGGAGAUGCCAGGGUACAUGAGUGAUGGAGAUAUCCUGGGCAAAAGCAUGAGGGUGGACAAUGUCGCUUGUGGCUACAUGACGGAUGGUGGGCUGAACACGUACACCCGCGGUGUUAACCGGGUCUUGGAUGAAAUGAGCUCUGGAAGAGGUGCCAUACAACAGUUCAAUCCCAAAAGUCAAGAUGACACCGAUAGUUGGGACAGCAGUUCAGUCAGCAGUGGCAUUAGCGAUAACUUGGACACAGAUGACCUCAACACCAGCUCAUCUCUUAGCUCCUUUGUCAACACCCCAUCAGUUCCACACCGGGACGUAGAGGAACAGCUCCCAACAGAUGCAAAGAAGCAUUCUGCAGUGAAACAAACCUCUGAUUGGUCCAUCGACAACCUCAAACGUUCAGAAGGGGGCUCUGACAGUGACCUCAAAAUGGAGACCACCACCAAGUGGAACCACCGAACCUCUGAUUUCUCUGAUGAAUCUCAACGAAGCUUGACGGGUCGCAAGACUCCCAUAAUCUCCCAGACUGGUUCUUGGAGACGAGGCAUGACCGCCCAGAUGGCCAUCAAUUCCCAAAGGACCAAGGGGACAACACCUAACAACUGUAGCUCGCUCAAGUCACAUGGUAAGACCGAUGACGCCAAGGUGUCGGAAAAAGGGCGAAUCUCCCCAUGCUCCAACAACAUGGCCCAUUCCCCCAUUCACAGUGUCGACGAGACUAAGAAACCUCCUUCCAAUUCAACUUCUCGCACCCCGACAAGUACUUUUGGUUUCAAGAAGCCUCCGGGUUCCAUGGCGACAAUAACGGCAAGUGGUGCUGUGGUAACUAGCGGCUCUGCAACGGUGGGCAAGAUACCUAAAUCGAUAGCGUUUUCUGGGAGCAGACUUUCAAGUCGGCAAGCAAGCGUGGAUGAUGGAUAUUUUCCUCCAAGUGCUCGGACAACUCUUCAGUAUCGUAGUUUACCCAGGCCCAGUCGUGGAAGCAACGGAACCGGCACUGUACGUUAUUCGAACCGUUCCAACAUGACUACCUUCGAUGCAAACAAGGGUACUUCUACGCUUCCCAAUCCUAAGAGUCGCAGCUCAGUCAAAUCCCCAGUAGGCACUACAAACCAAACGGACAGAGAGAAGGGUAUCAUCUCAGAAGUGGAGAGCCAAGUAUUGGGGCAGGUACUUAAAACUGGCACAGCUACCCAGACAGGGAUGCCAACCCAGUCCCAAGCAGGAAGAAGACAAUCGGGGGGAAAGUAUUCAGAAAUGUCCUCGCCAACCCUGCGUAGACUUUUUGGUAGCAAAUCUGCUAACAAGCAAGUCCCAGUCACCACCAUGGAGAACAUGAAGAACUCCACCGUCAUCUCCAAUCCCCACGCCACAUCCAUCCAGCAGGCUAGCGGAGAUCCGAACACACCGUCUGUCACCAAUGGAGGCAAUAGUCAACUUUAUGGUGACGGGAUAACGGUGGUUUCCCGAGGGAGUGGAGAACAGGGGCUUACCUCUGUUGUUGCCAGCCCGGGAUCGGCUUUCUCAUCUUGGGGAGGCAGGGAUGGAGUGAGGUACCCUUCUCAAAGCUCAAACCGGACCAGUAGUGACUCCAUGGAUGUUUCCCUGGGAAAGGAAGAUUUGUGUCUUAAUCCAACUGGCAGCGCUCGAACUGGUCCGACAGAGAGGUAUGCCCUUGCGCCCCAGAACAGAGGUCAUGAGGAGACUCGCGAUUGGCUACGUUCCCCAUCUGUUGGGCUCCCAGAGUCAGCAGGCUCCUCCCCUUUUUCCUCAGCCUCCACACUAAGCCCGUCCUCUGGCACACGGUUCAACUUUGCCACACUUGGCAGCCCUACUACAGCUUCUCAGAUCCACCUGGCAGCUCUGCGCAACGCCAAUGACGGCUCUUACGACCCCUGCGGUGACCCCCGUCUUCGAAAUUCCUCGGUUAGCCUUGAAGACAAGGGUCGUGCCAUGAGUUGCUCCGGAUCUUACCGCGAGAGCUUAGAAGAAGUUCAUGGUUCCUCUUUAUCUUUGGUCUCAAACACAUCUUCAGUUUAUUCUACGCCAGAAGAAAAGGCUCAGACUGAGAUCCGUAAGCUGCGCAGGGAACUGGACGCCUCUCAGGAGAAGGUUUCAGCUCUUACGACGCAACUCAGUGCCAAUGCUCACCUUGUGGCAGCUUUCGAGCAAAGUUUAGGAAACAUGACCAUCCGACUGCAGAGUCUGAGUAUGACAGCUGAACAGAAGGACGCAGAGCUGAAUGAAUUGAGAAAGACCAUUGAACUCCUAAAGAAACAGAACACAAUGACUCAAGCCACCAUCAAUGGAGUCAUGAACAUGCCAGACUCCAACCGUAAAGUAUCUAUAGAUUCAGUCAACGGGUCACCUCAGUCCCAGCGAGACAUGCAGAUCCACAGGCAGCCAUCGUCAGACAGCGUCUCCAGCAUGACCAGUGCUACCAGCCACUCCAGCAUCGGCAGCAACCUGGAGCUGGACGCCAAGAACAAGAAAAAGAAGAAAAACUGGCUACGAAGCUCCUUUAAACAGGCAUUCGGGAAGAAAAAGUCUCCCAAAUCGGCAUCUUCUCACUCGGACAUCGAGGAAAUGGCCGACUCUUCAUUGCCAUCUUCGCCUAAACUCCCUUAUAACGGCUCGAUGGGCUCCUCACCAAUGAUACGCAACUCUCACUCCAGCUCCCUUCCUCAGCUGUCCUCUCUGCCUGCAUAUGGGCACGGCUGGGGCAGUAGCAGCCGGUCCAUGAGGUCUGCCUCUCUGGCACGGAUCUCCGAGUGCAUGGACAGCGAUGCAGAAACAGUCAUGCAGUUACGCAGUGAACUGCGAGAUAAAGAGAUGAAACUGACCGACAUCAGGUUAGAGGCUCUUAGCUCCGCCCACCAGCUGGACCAGCUGCGAGAGUCCAUGAACCGCAUGCAGAUUGAGAUCGAAAGGCUAAAAGUGGAGAACGACCGGUUGAAGUUGGAGAGCCGGGGCAGCAGUAGCAGAGCUCCAUCUCAGGUGUCCAUCUCUCCAUCUUCUGUGGGUUUAUCUUCUCAACUGAGCCUUACAGAAUCCACCAGCCUGGAUAUGUUGUUGGAGGACAGCGGAGAUGGUACUUCCUGGAAAGAGGGACAGCAUGUAAAAGUUGUGGUUAGCCUGGAGAAAGACGCUCAGUGGAAAGAGGAAUGCAGACCUUGCCAGUUCCUGUUGGGGUGCAUUGGUGUCAGUGGGAAAACCAAAUGGGACGUUCUUGAUGGUGUAGUCAGACGCCUCUUUAAGGAAUACAUAAUGUGUGUGGAUCCUGUGACUCAGUUGGGUUUGAACACUGACAGCGUGUUAGGAUAUAGCAUUGGAGACAUUCAUCGCACUAGUGAUGCCGAUACACCGGAGCUCUUGCCGUGUGGUUAUCUUGUGGGAGAAAGUGAUACCAUCACUGUUAAGUUGAAAGACUCCCUCAACAGUCAGGACAGUUUGGCGUUUGAGACGCUCGUUCCAAAGCCCGUUCUGCAGCGAUACAUAUCACAGCUUGAGGAGCACAGACGGAUCAUCUUCUCAGGACCCUCGGGAACAGGAAAAAGCUUUCUGGCCAGCAGACUGGCCGAGUACAUGGUGCUAAAAGAGGGAAAGCAACUGCAACAUCAAGCUAUUACCACCUUCAAUGUUGAUAAUAAAACUACUAAGGAGCUGAAGCAAUACUUGUCCAAUCUGGCUGAGCAGUGUAAAAACAGUGGACAGCUUGUAGACGUGCCUGUGGUGCUCAUCCUCGACAACCUGCACCACGUCGCUUCCUUAGGAGAGAUUUUCAAUGGCCUGCUGCACUGCAAGCAUCAUCAGUGUCCAUACAUCAUAGGAACCAUGAAUCAAACCCCUUCACCUACUCCAAACCUACAGCUUCAUCAAAAUUUCAGAUGGGUUUUAUGUGCCAAUCAUACUGAGCCAGUGAAAGGAUUUCUGGGUCGAUUCCUGCGCCGGAAGCUUCUGGAGACUGAGAUCAGCAGCCGCGUGAGGAACGGAGAGCUGGUGAAAAUUAUCGAGUGGAUCCCGUCUGUUUGGCAUCAUCUCAACCGCUUCCUGGAGACACACAGUUCUUCUGAUGUCACAAUUGGGCCUCGCCUUUUUCUCUCCUGUCCGAUGGAUGUUGAGGGUUCAAGGGUGUGGUUUACUGACUUGUGGAACUACUCCAUCAUUCCCUACAUGCUGGAGGCGGUCCGAGAAGGCUUACAUAUGUAUGGGCGUAAGGCAGCAUGGGAAGACCCGGCAAAAUGGGUGAUGGAAAGUUUCCCCUGGGCGUCCAGCCCGCAGCAGCACGAAUGGCAUUCGUUGCUGCGCCUCCGGCCAGAAGAUGUCGGGUUCGAUGGCUUCUCUCUUUCACAAGAGGGCAGCCCGGGCAAACAGCCAGCUCAGAGUAAAUCAGAGGAAGAUCCUUUGAUGAACAUGUUAAUGAGACUGAAGGAGACGGCCCACUGCACAGGCACAGAGAGCUAUGACAGUGAUUCAACCAGCAACAGCCACCAAGAUGAUAUGUUGGACUCUUCAUUAGAAUCUACACUGUGAACUAUAAUAACAUUUGCAUUUAUGCAUUCAGCAAACACUUUUAAAGUGAAUUUAAUGCGUACAUUUAUCAGUAUGUAUGUUCACUAACCCUUGACCUUGGGUGUUGCUAGCACCUUGCUGCACAAGUUCAGCUACACUAGGGACCAGGACUCUUUUUUUUUUUUAAAUGUUAGAUUUUGUUUUUGAAUAUAAUUACAGGGUGCUGGUAACCCUGAACGUUCAUGAAAUUCAAGGUGCUGGUAACCCUGAAAAAAAACAUUAUUCAUACAUGGUACACAAACCUGGAUUGCACAUCCACUGGAAUGAAAAUCUGAUGACAGAGAAUCAGUUUUGUAUUUGAUAAACAUGGCAAAACAUCAGAGCACAUGUAAGGGUCUUUUCAUUUUCUGAAAUGGACUGUAGAUGGCAGUAUACUAUAACUAUAUGUGUUAUAUUUCUAAUGACCUCUCAUGCAGCUCCUUGUUGCAAGCAGCAUUUGCUUAUUUUCUAUUCUCAUUACUGAAUUAAUCUUAUACUGAACUUUAUAAACUGGAUCUCUUGGGUGACUCUAAUGCACUAGUGAACUUUAUUGGUGCUUUAUAACAAUGCCUUUAUAGAAAUACAACUAUUGUGAUGUGCUAAGAUGUGCUACCUACCUGACAGAUUUGUAACGUUAUACAAAUGCAAACAAUGCAAUGACGUUAUGGGGCAGUUUCCAGGACAGGUUUUUUGAAUUAAUCCAAGAUUAGGCCUUAGUUAUUUUAGGACAUUUAAGUAGUUUUUACAAACAUAGCUUACACAAAAAAAUACUGGUGUGCAUCUUGAGACAAAACAAUGACACUGAUAUAUGUUGAGAUACGUGAGUGCAAAUAAUUUUCAAUUAAGGCAUCAAACAUGCAUUUUAUUUUGGGACUAGAAUAAGCCCGACCUGGGAAACCACCCCUAUAGGUAUUAAAUGGUGCACUGUCUUUGAUGUGAUAUAAUAUUAACUAUAUUGUAGUUGCUUUUUGGCAACAACAGAGCAUGUGUUAAUAAUUAAAUGAUAUGGUAACAUAAUGGGUUGUUUGGGAAAGUAGUAAAAAUAUCAAAGAUAAUAAGAUUUUUUGGAAAGUUAUCUAGAGAAUCUUUUGUGCCUCUUUUUAUGCAGCGUCACGAAUAUGAGUUAUCUAGACAGCUGUUCAUCUCUAUGCAAUGUUGUUACAUUCAAAGAAUAUUUAACAUUUAUCGUAAACUUUAGUCAACAACUGUUUCUGUUCACCAAACAAUAUGAAUAAAUAAAUAUCAUAUACAUUUGCAGAAAAACCUCUAGCAACACUAAGUUUUCCAAAAAAAACUUAAUAUUACAGCUUUUCUUUUAGUUUUUGGUACUUUAAAAAUUUAUAGAGGGUGCCUAAAUAUCCUAUUGGAAAAAAAGGUUUUAUAGAAGAUGUGUGGUAUUUCAUAAAAUUUCAUUAAUAUUAACAGUGGUAGCACUUUUGUAAAAACUUGCAUUUUCAUUUUUGCAACAACAAAAAAAAAAAACAACCACUGGUUAUUACAUUGCAUUCGUGUUGAAAUCAGGAAGACUUAAAGACAAAACUGUGAUUUUGUAGAUUCAAAAUAAUUGUAAUUCUACAGCUCAAGGACAAGUGCAUUAAAUGUGAGAGUCCUCUAUGUAAGAGUAAGGGUUUAUCCAAAAUACUUAUUGAGAGUAGUAAUGCCUUUCUAUUGUGCAUAUCAUUGAAGGCUAUACAUAAUGAAUAUCUUUGGGGGUAGUUAUACAUGUAUUUAGAAAAGUCUGGCCCAUGGGUGCGUGUGAUGUGCUUUACUCUGAAUUGAGGGUUGGCGUGUCUAGUGGCCCCCUCAGGAGCAUUAACAUGACACAUUUGCAUGAGGUCCAAAUAGAUUGAGGGUAUCUUUAUUUGGAUGACUGCAUGUUAUUUUAAGCAGAAAAUGAAAUGUUUUUAUGCUUUCACUCAUUUGAUUUUUUUUAUAAGUUUCCAGAACAUGUUUUAGUAUAAUACCCUUUGCAAAAUGUCAAAUGUUGUCUUUUAUUUUGUUCUUUUAUUUGUUGAAGCACAGAAAGAUUAUUUCAUUGUGUCUAUACUGCCAAGAUUUAGUCCAUAAACAUGUGAGAAGGUUUAUGUUAAUAUAAUGAAAUGAGGCAAUACCAGAAGGAAAUAGUGUUUGUACUUUCCCAUAUGAAUUUCCUGGUGUUGAGUAUAGGAAUUUUGUUUUUGUAUAUUUUCAGUUGUACUAUAUUUUUGUAAAUAUUUUUCCUCAAGUGGCUUUUUUAGGCUUUAAGAUAAAGUUUUUAAAGUUGUUAUUAUCUAUUCAGUUUGUUUAUUCUAAAUUUUAGUGCUCCCAUUUGACACUUUCUAAAAUAAAUAAUUUUCAUAUUCAA